AUGGCUAGCGCGGAUGAAGUUUCAGCUCUUAAACGUAUCAAACUGCAUCUUCUGGGUGAAUUUUCACCACUUCCAUCUCCAAUUUCACAACCUUGGAGUUUCGAUUUUGAUUUUCAGUUUCAAACCAACCAAACCAAUCAUGAUUCUUCAAUCUCUUUGGAUCAUUAUUUCACUGAUCUCCUUCAAACAGACACAGAAAUUCUGACCUUUGAAUUUGACUUCAAACCUCAAACAACUCAACCUGAGAGCCCUAAAACUUUAUCAUCUCAUCCUCAGAAUCCUCAACUGAAGAGAAAACCGUCUCUGGAAAUCGCUCUCCCGAACAAAACCGAAUGGAUCCAAUUCAGAAAACCGGAUCCGAAACCGGAAGUGGUUGUACAGAAGCCGGAAGUUGCUGAGAAACAGCACUACAGAGGCGUUAGACAGAGACCAUGGGGAAAGUUCGCCGCCGAGAUCCGCGACCCGAACAAACGCGGCUCGAGACUGUGGCUUGGAACUUUUGAAACUGCUAUCGAAGCCGCUAAAGCCUACGAUCGUGCCGCUUUUAGGCUUCGUGGAUCUAAAGCGAUUCUCAACUUUCCGCUAGAAGUCAACGCCAUGGCGGCGGCGGAGUCGGUGGUGGUGGAGAACGCCGGCGACAACAAAAAACGUUGCCGUGAAGAGGAAGAUGAUGAUGUGGUGGAGGUGAAAAAGGAGAAAACGAUGGAAUUUGAUGUGAACUGUUUUAAAGAAACGCCGUUAACUCCGUCAACUUGGACUGGGUUUUGGGACGUUGAUGUUAAGGGGAGUUUCAGCGUUCCACCGUGCUCGCCGUUACCUUCCAUUUGUUUUUCACCUCUAGUGCUUGUGUGA